AUGUCAACAAUGGCUGCCACUUCCAGCUUGCACAUAGCAAUGUUCCCUUGGUUUGCUUUUGGCCACUUAUCUCCAUAUCUCCAAAUUGCCAACAAGUUAGCCAAAAAAGGUCACAAAAUCUCCUUCUUAAUCCCAUCAAAAAUUCGGGCCAAAUUGCAGCCUUUCAAUCACUUUCCAAAUCUCAUUACCUUUGUCCCCAUCAUUGUUCCUCAUGUUGAUGGUCUCCCUGAAGGUGCUGAAACUACUGCUGAUGUUUCUAAUCUUCACCAGUUCAAUCUCAUCAUGACUGCGAUGGAUCUCACCCAACCACAAAUCAAAUCCCUACUACAACACAUAAAACCCCAUGUCAUCUUCUUUGAUUUCACUUUCUGGAUCCCUAAAUUGGCAUCUCAAUUGGGCAUCAAAUCUAUCUAUUACAGUGUAAUUAGUGCAACAACAUUCAGUUAUGUCUUCACCCCAACAAGGCAACUCUGUGGACCUGAUUUCACUGUGGAUGAAUUUAUAAAGCCACCUCUCGGCUUGGCAACUUCCGCAAUCAAGCUUCAUUCUCACGAGGCCAAAAAUGUUACAUUUAUGUCCAAUAUGAUAUUUGGCAGUGAUGUCCGCUUUUUUCAUCGCCAUUUCACUGGUCUUUGCGAGUCUGAUGCUAUAGCAUUCAAGGCAUGUAGGGAGAUUGAAGGUCCUUUUGUAGACCAUCUCAUAAGUGAAUUCAAAAAGCCUAUUCUGCUUUCAGGACCUGAUGGGGACAUACAAGAGCCAAAAACAACUUUAGAACAUAGAUGGCAAGAAUGGUUAUCAAGGUUCAAAUAUGGUUCAGUCAUAUACUGUGCAUUUGGAAGUGAGUGUACCUUAACAAAAGACCAACUCCAAGAAUUGGUAUUGGGAUUUGAGCUUACAAAUCAACCAUUCUUCGCCGUAUUCAAACCCCCGGUUGGGGUUGACACAGUGACCGCUGCCUUGCCUGACGGAUUUGAAGAAAGAGUUGAGGGGAGAGGGGUGGUGUAUGGAGGAUGGGUUCAACAACAGCACAUUUUGGAGCAUCCAUCAAUUGGAUGCUUUGUUACACAUUGUGGGGCAGGGUCUUUAUCUGAGGCAUUGGUGAAGAAGUGUCAGUUAGUGUUGUUGCCUCAUGUUGGUGACCAUAUUUUUAGAGCAAGAACAUUGAGCAGUUAUUUGAAGGUUGGUGUGGAGGUGGAGAAAAGGGAAGAUGAUGGAUUUUUUACGAAAGAAAGUGUGUGUGAGGCAGUGAAAACAGUGAUGGAUGAAGGGAAUGAAAGAGGGAAAGAGAUCAGAGCAACACGUGCAAAGUUAAGAGAGCUAUUGCUUGACAAAGAUUUGGAGGAGUCUUAUAUCAGCAAUUUCAUCCACAAUCUCCAAUCUUUAGUCGGAUGAGAAACAACAAGAAGGAAAAGAGGUUUUGUGUGUGUUUGGUUGAAACAACUGAGUUGAAUUGUAUGUUAAUUUUUGAAAAACGGUCUUUAGUAAAAGAAACAUUUUCAUUGAUA